AGCAAGGAGAGAAAAGAAGACGGAAAAGAGAGAGAUGGGGAGAGGAAAGAUAGAGAUAAAGAGGAUAGAGAACUCAAGCAACAGGCAGGUGACCUACUCCAAGAGAAGAAAUGGGAUCAUCAAGAAGGCCAAAGAGAUUAGUGUUCUCUGUGAUGCUCAAGUUUCUCUUAUCAUCUUCGCCAGCUCCGGGAAGAUGCAUGAAUACUGUAGCCCGUCCACCACGUUGACUAAUAUCCUGGACAAGUAUCACAAGCAGUCUGAUAAGAGGCUGUGGGAUGCCAAGCAUGAGAACCUAAGCAAUGAACUUGAUAGAAUCAAGAAAGAGAAUGACAGCAUGCAGAUUGAGCUCAGGCACCUAAAAGGAGAAGACAUAACAUCUUUGCACUAUAAAGAGCUGAUGGCCAUAGAGGAAGCCCUGGAAAACGGGCUUGCUCGUAUCCGUGACAAACAGAUGGAGUAUUACAACAUGAUGAAGGAAAAUGAGGAGAUGGUAGAGGAAGAGAACAAGCGCCUCAAUUACGAGCUGCAUCAAAAGCUGAUGAACAUAGAGAGAGGAGAAAUGGAGAGCGGAUAUCAUCAGCAGCAGCGAGCUGCAGAUUACCAGACCACCCAGAUGCCCUUCGCAUUUCGCGUGCAGCCCAUCCAGCCAAAUUUACAGGAAAGAAUUUAAUUAGAAUUUGCGCUGGCGCCAUAUGAGCACGUCUCUCU